AUGUCGAAUAAGCCGUCAUACGCUGCUAUAGUAUCGAACAGUCCUCCAAAGUCAUCCGCCAUCAUAUCGGGUGCAAGCACAACUGGUGGACCAAGUGAUGCCCCUCCUCCUUACUCUGAACCUAAUCAACAUCAUAACCCUAUCCCACAUCAAACCGUAUUACCUCCCCCAACACAGCAUCAACAGCGUAAUGAUAUCGAAUCAGCAUCUCACGGGCAUGGCACUGUAGGAUGGUCUCCACCACCUUCAUAUGCAGUAGCAAGAUCAAGAGCGCUGAGGAGAUUCUGGUUGGCUUUCUUGUGGGCGUGGUUGAUCUGGAUAUUUGUCGGCCUACUCAUCGGCGGCGGAGUCUCUGAUAUAUCGAACGAUCCAUCACCAGGACAUCAUGGACAUUGGGACAAGAAUGGAGAAUGGCACAAUGACAAAGGAGGAGUAUAUCUCGCGAAUGGAGUGGUGAACGUGUUGACCAACGUCAAAGAUAAAGCUAUCGGAGUAAUACCUAAUUUCAAUUAG